AUGGCUCCAACUAUAUCAAAGAGUGUAGCGCGCACCUCUGUCCUCAUCGCGGCAAUUCGAACAUACUUGAGUAAUAAGUUGGUUUCAUUCAAUAAUGAUGCAUUGUAUAAACCUUAUGAACAGCCAUUAGUCAAACAGUACGCCAAGUAUUGUUAUACAAACCCAGUAGACCUGUGUAGUGAUGUCCGGCUGACCAUCAUCGACCCAUAUGCACUGUUCUUCAUUCGUCACGAAUCCUCUCCAGACAUCUUGGCAGAGUUCUUCCAUACAUUGCCAAAGUUCAAACCAACUGUUGACCAAGAUCCCCUAUACCAGAGCUUGAUAUCAAGUGGACUUGAUGUGUCUAGUGUAGACUCGAUUGCUCACUUCUUCAAGUCGAGCACAACAUCAGAGGCUCAGAUCAUGCAAGGUUGGACACUGCUCUUUGAUGAGAUGAUCUCAAACCAUGUAUCAUGCAGGACAAGAUUGAUUGAUGAGUUUGUACUCGAAGGUGUCUCGAAUGGUAUCAAACAGGUCGUCAUACUUGGCUCUGGACUGGACACUCGAGCUCAGAGGUUGCCUCUAGACCACAGUGUCACAGUGUUCGAGGUAGAUGUCGCAGAGGUGGUAGAGUACAAGAGACAUGUCAUGGAGUCUGCCAUGUUGGCAAUCGAGCCAAUAUCAAAAGCAAAGAAUGUAGAUAUCAAAGAGGACCUGAGGUACCUCGAUACAUGGACAUCCAAGCUCAAGGAAUCAGGUUUCCAAACUGACAAGCCAUCAAUAUGGAUUCUGGAGGGACUGUUAAUGUAUUUGCAGCCAGAGCACACUGCCAACCUGCUCAAUACCAUAUCACCAAUGUCAUCAAGUGGCUCUGCCAUGAUCAUACAGACCACGGGAGUGUUUGAUCGCACUGUUCCCAACUACUUUGGCAAGAAUAUCUUUCAGCAGCUGGCCGAAGAAGUGUUCAUCCCAGCACCACGACCAGACGAACUACUUACCAACAUUGGCUUUACCAACGGCCUGACAACAUUAUACGAGAAGGACCUGAUAAAGAUGUAUGGAACGCCCGGGGCAGUCUACCAAGAUCCAUGUACGCCAUUCCAAAGAUUCACCAAAAGCUACAAACCUUGA